AAGCAGUUACCUCGGGCAAACGGAUGUUGCAAUAAAGGGAGGGGGGAAGAAGUCAAGAAGAAGAGAAGUGGAGGAGGAGGAAUGGCGGUCGCCGGUCUCUAUCGGCGAGCUCUCCCCUCUCCGCCGGCGAUCGAGUUCGCCUCAGUUGAAGGAAAGCGACUCUUCUCUGAAGCCUUUCAAAGUGGAACCAUGGAAGGAUUUUUCAAAUUAAUUUCCUACUUCCAAACACAAUCAGAGCCUGCUUACUGUGGAUUGGCUAGUUUGUCAGCUGUCCUGAAUGCUCUUGCUAUAGAUCCAGGAAGAAAGUGGAAAGGACCUUGGAGAUGGUUUGAUGAGUCCAUGUUGGACUGCUGUGAACCUUUGGAUAGAGUCAAAGCUGAAGGCAUCACAUUUGGCAAACUUGCUUGCUUGGCUUACUGUGCUGGAGCUAAAGUUGAAGCUUAUCGUACAAGUCACAGCUCCGUUGAUGACUUCCAUAACCAUGUUAUAAAAUGUACUUCCACUGAGGACUGCCAUCUGAUUGCAUCAUAUCAUAGGAAGCCUCUCAAGCAGACAGGAAGCGGUCAUUUUUCACCAAUUGGUGGCUACCAUGCUGGAAGUGACAUGGUACUCAUUUUGGAUGUCGCUCGUUUUAAAUAUCCUCCUCACUGGGUCCCCCUCGAACUUCUUUGGGAAGCCAUGGAUACGAUCGAUGAAGCAACUGGACAUCAUCGGGGGUUCAUGCUUUUGUCAAGGCUUCAGAAAGCAGCAUCUUUGCUUUAUACCCUGAGCUGCUGUCAUGAGAGCUGGGUCAGCAUGGCUAGGUACUUGAUUGAUGAUGUACCUAUUCUUUUAAAGUCUGAGGACCUAAGCAGUGUUCCAGAAGUUCUUUUGCUUUUAUUCAAAUCCCUACCCGCCAAUGCUGGGGAUUUCAUCAAGUGGAUUGCAGAAGUUAGGAGACAAGAGGAAGAUGGGUCAAGCUUAAGCAAAGAGGAGGAGGAAAGACUUGCUGCAAAGGAAGAGGUACUGCAACAAGUUCGUGAGACUGAAUUAUACAAAUUUGUAGCAGACCUUUUAUCUUCUGCAAGCUUGUGUCGCAAAAGUUUCUCAUCUUUAAGCAACAAUGAUUCAUUAUCGGAGAUUGCAGCUUCUGUCUGUUGCCAAGGGGCGGCAAUUUUAACAGGGGGCCUUGGAGUUAUCCAACAGUUUUGCUCUAGAGCAACAUGUGUUAAAUGCUUCAGGGCUAAUGGAGAUGCACCCAUAACCGUUGUCUCCGGGAUGGUUGUUUCAGGCAAAAAUGAGCAAGGAGUUGAUAUGCUUGUACCUGAAUCAACUGCAAAAUCAAAGAGUUGUUGCAGUUCUAAUCCAAAUGAUUGUGUCUUGAAGCACCCAGGAAGCAGUGAUGCUCUAACUGUUCUGUUAUUGGCUUUACCCCCCUGUACCUGGCAGGGUAUAAAGGAUGAGAGGCUGCUGGCUGAAAUUCAUGGCCUCUUUUCAAUCGAGAAUCUUCCAGAUGUUUUGCAACAGGAGGUUUUGCACUUGCGGAGGCAGCUCUAUUUCCUCAACAAAGUUCAGGAUAAAGACAUCGAAGAUGAGAUUUUAUUGCCAUCACAACUUUAAUGCAACCAAUUUUUUGUUCUCCUCUACAAGUAUCUGGGAGGAUAUCGAAUCCUUCUCAUGCUAGUGUAGAUCUAUCAAUGCCUGACCGGAUAUACACUUAACCAUCUGUCAAGCAUGUUCGCAUUGUUCCUGUUUACAUGAUGCAUGUAAUUAAUUCUGGUGUAAUGUACAAACAGCGUUUCUGUUCUGGAUAUUAAAGAGUGAAAGAGGGGGAAAAGGAAGGUUUGAAAGGGUUGAAAAAAAUUUGCACAUAAUUAGAUCUUGGAUGUUAUGUUUUAGUAAUCAAAAAAGUGUAUAAGAAUGUAAUGGCAAGGCAUUUGAGUUUAGCUGCUUCAUGAUUGGAAUUGGCUGUUUGAAAGGCUUGCUCAUGAAA